GGUUUGGACAGUAUCAAACGCCUAAAAUUAUCGAAAUUUGGGUGGAUGAUGUUAUGAAAGGUGGGAUAUCCUAAACCAGACCCUUCGUUGAGAGUUGAGGAGAAUCGUAAAAUAUUAUGCUCAUUAUGUGGUUUUUGGGGCCAUCUCUGUUACAUUUUCAUGUGUUGGCAAGGUUGCCACCUUGUAGUAUAAUGAUAUGAAAAAGUUAUUCCAGAGCCUUGCUGUGAUCCUAAUGAAAGAGUUUUUCCGGCUCUGUGCCGGUUUAAGAAUUGACUGGAAAAGGGUAAUCUUUGUUGGGGCCUUAAUGACAACAGCCGGUGUAAUUCUGCAAAUGUUUCUACUUACUGAUCUGCUUGACAUGUGGCCCCUCUCUCUACCCAUUGCACAUGUUUCAGACGAAUCGUUGAGCAGUAUCAGGAGCUUAAAUCAGACCUUUAGUGAGGAAAGAGUCAAAAGAUUGCAACUCAUUUCUACCGAUGUUCCCAUUAUUCCAGCAAACUCUUCUCUUAAGUUGAAUAUCUCAGUUCCAGCUAUGCCAGAUAUUGGCCCAGUUCCUAAAGGGAGAUCAAGAAGGAGAAACAAAGGUGGUAGUGUAGAUAACAUGCCAAAGGUUCUACCUCCUCCUGACCCUCCAAGUAUACAUGUGCCUUAUCGUUUGCAGAAAUUCAUUUGGUCCUUGAAACCCAAUGAGGCACUUGUGUAUGCAAAGAAAGAGAUUGAUCAUGCCCCUGAAGUUGUUGAUGAUCCUGAUCUAUAUGCCCCUGUAUUUCGAAAUAUGUCUGUUUUCAAAAGGAGCUAUGAGCUGAUGGAAUUGAUACUUAAAGUUUACAUUUACCGGGAAGGGUCAAAGCCUAUAUUUCAUGUACCUCAUCUCAAUGGAAUUUAUGCUUCUGAAGGGUGGUUCAUGAGGUUCAUGGAGAGUAACAAGCAAUUUGUCACAAGAGACCCAGAAAAGGCCCACUUAUUUUAUCUUCCUUACAGCAUGCGCCAAUUGGAGUUGAAGCUUUAUGUACCUGGUUCACAUCAAAUUAAACCACUGGCAAUAUUCCUCAGAGACUAUGUGAACAUGAUUGCGGGGAAGUAUCCUUUCUGGAAUCGCACAUCUGGGUCAGAUCAUUUUCUUGUUGCUUGUCAUGACUGGGGCCCUUACACACUCACUCAACACGAGGAACUGGCCAACAAUACAAUAAAAGCUCUGUGCAAUGCUGACACUUCAGAAGGGGUUUUUGUUGCUGGGAAGGAUGUUUCACUGCCAGAAACUACUAUUAAGAACCCCAGGGUUCCUCUUAGAAAUAUUGGUGGAUUAAGAGUGUCACAGCGCCCUCUCCUUGCCUUCUUUGCAGGAUACAUGCAUGGCAGAGUCCGCCCGAGACUUCUCAAGUACUGGCGGGACAAACAUGAGGACAUGAAAAUCUAUGGGCCUCUGCCCUCUAGAAUCUCCCGAAAGAUGUCAUAUAUCCACCAUAUGAAGUCAAGUAAGUUUUGUAUUUGCCCAAUGGGGUAUGAAGUGAACAGCCCUAGGAUCAUUGAAUCCAUAUACUAUGAGUGUGUCCCAGUGAUAAUUGCAGACAAUUUUCCCCCUCCGUUGAGCGACGUGCUAGACUGGAGUAAAUUUUCUGUUAAUGUGGCCGAGAAGGAUAUCCCCAAGUUACGUGAGAUUUUGUUGGCUAUUCCCAUGAGAAGAUACAUGGCUAUGCAAACUAAUGUGAAAAUGGUGAAAAGACAUUUUCUUUGGAAUCGAAGUCCAAUCAGAUAUGAUUUAUUCCAUAUGAUUCUGCAUUCCAUCUGGUUAAGCAGGUUGAACCAGAUUCAAAUCCCAGAAUCCUAGUAUAUAUUUAUCAAGUGCUGUAGAGGAUGUUAACUUCUGAAAAUAGUUUCAAAUCCCAGAAUCCUAGUAUAUAUUUAUCAAGUGCUGUAGAGGAUGUUAACUUCUGAAAAUAGUUUUAGUUUGAUUGUGGAGCUGAUUGGACCAAGAGUUGUGACUAAGAUGCAGGUCUAAGAAGGGAAGAUGCUAACAUUAUGGACUUCAAACAGGACUGUGCCUGCAAUCCCAAGUUCUUUGAACUGAAACAUGGAUGAAUACUUUCUGGGAUGCGGGGGGUGGAUGCUAAAAUGAAAAUUCUUACUGAAGGAAAGACGACAUGCACCGAGUCUCCAUAGCUUCUCAGACAAAGCUCUGAUGUUCCAUUACAAUUUUCUGAUCAUUGCCCUUUAUACCAUAUACAGAUGACCCUAUAUGCUUCCAUUAUACAAGUUAAAUCUGCAUUGUUCUAGAAGUAUAGUCAAUAAUUCUUGAUAGUUGAUACUGAAAUGUAAAUCAUUUAGGAACCUACAUUUGGGAUUCGCACAAACAAGUAAUAUACAUACAGCACAGGAUAGAUGAUUCUUAUUGUGGGGGUGCAAUUUUGAUAUUUUCUGUUUGUACAGAUGCUGUCUUCCUUUUGUAGGAGUAUAUUUGAGUGGAGAGUCUGUAAAUGUUGCUGCCGACAUGUAUAUCAUUUUCGAACAAAGUUUUAUAUACAACCUGAACUUGAUGCCG